GUUCGCAACGUCUUUUAGCGAGCCAGGGAGCGGUCCUUUCUCAGCGAAGAUAGCGUGGUGGGAAUUUAUAAUGGUGUAUUCCCGAUGGGUUAGCUGACUACAAUGGCUAACUACAAUGGACUGACGCAGAAUACGAUCUACUUGAUAUUUGGAUGCUUUCUUUGCGGCAUCACUUGCAUAAAAGAAUUAGCUUGACGAGAGUUGAUGGUGCACCCUGUCGCUGUUGUCCUCCAGUCAACGUAAUGGAGAAGGCGAUUAAGAAGAAGCAGCGCAUCGAGAUUAGCGCAGGUAGCAAACACUUGCUUGCCGAUAUCGAGGAGCUGCAGAGGAACCUGCUUACUCGAUGCUUAUGCAAUAUGCCGGAGAGCAGUUUGCGCAAGCCAUUCACCAGCUUCACAGUGCAGGAGACUGACGGUAGGGUCCGUUAUGCUGUUCUGUCUGAUUGGGACACGGUUCAAAUUCUGGAGUAUCUUAGCGCCCUGCAGCUGUUGUUCGAGCUGGCCAUCAAGCAGAACGCGAAGAAUGUUAUGUGCAGACGAGUAGUAGACGUCUGUGACGCAGUGGCGCGGAACGAGCAUGGUAUUAUCGAUCAGAUUAUCGACCUGUCUUACACGACCAAUAAAUUCGUGUCGUACGCAGCAAGUCGCGUGAUCGCAUCGUUCUUCAUCGUCACGAGAGAUGUAGAAACCGUCUGGCUGGAGAAACUCACGCAGUCCCUAGUUAAUACGCAUUCGCCCCAACAGAUGCUGUUCACCCUGGAUGCGGUCAAGAGAGUGGUCGAACAUAAAGAUGGUAGUAUACAUCCAGAGGAUGGAGACACAUAUGUGCCACCACUCGGUUGCAAUACCUUCGUUAUCACCGACUUUGACAGUACAACGAUCAAAGCAAUGUGCGUGAAGGCGCUCGAAUCUAAGUGGACCAUUCUUGUGACCAAGUUCAAUCACAUUCUCGGGUCGUACACGCCGCAAUACGCAUCCGUUAUCAUCACAUUUCUACAUUUGUGGGAGACCAUUAUUUCGGUCAAAGCCAAUCUUUCUGUCAUCGACACCAAGACAUUUUACUCGCAGCUGAAUAAUCUUGUGCUGUUAUUAAAUGCUAAUGUGCCAGGCGUAAUCUGGCGACAUUUGCUUAGACUUUUCAACGAGGUAUUGUGCUACGGUAGUACUCUAGCACUACAAGACGUACUACCAGACGAACCGUGCUCUCUAGCGCACCUGAUCGUGCGCGCCGUCAAGGAUUGGCGUCUGCUCGAUGCGUUGCCAUACCGUCACGGUUCUGGUAGGUUUGGCGGUGGUACUAGCGAGGGUGAUCGUCCUCUGCUGCAGAAAAUGGUGCUGUUAGUGUUGAAAAGCGUCGCUGUGACAGUACGGGAAACGCGCAGCGAUUCCAGCGACUCCAGCAACUCGACCCUCAGUACUGAAGUCGAGGAUCUUGAUGAAGACAUGGCGGUGAUUGAAAGGAGUAUUCGCGAGGUACUACGUCAGCUGGAUCAGUGCGUAAAGGCGUUGAUGCCCUUCCAUCCGGAGAUGCCGCUGUCGCAAUGGGUCGUCCAGAUGUUUCAUGACCAGGAUGAUUUCCUUAUAGAGGGUAUGGUCUGCUGUCUGGAUGUUGCCAUGGGCUUAUUCUAUCGCGGUCCACCACAGAAUGAUCUGGGCCAGAUGCUCAGCCCUACGUUGACUUUUGUGCAAUUCAUCCGCGCCGUGUCGCACGAUCCGGGCGUUCUGCUGGAUCUGCUUGUCAGUAACGAGACUUGCUUUCUGCUGUAUCUCUUGCGAUUUCUCAAGUACAUUAAACGUAAUUGGAUUGAGUUCGUCACGUGUUGCGGCCGUGAGCUAGACAACACCAUGACUGUAUUGAUAAGACUACGACUGUCCAUUGAUCGGCUGGUAUCCAAGAAUCUGUUCCCUUAUAAUAUUAUUCCGGUUCUUCGUCUACUCGAGAAAUGCGAAUCUUUUUACGAAGGUAACGUGGAGAAUGGAUAACAAUCUCAUGUAACAUAAAGA